CGGCGGCUCAGGAGGCUUGCCGGCUCUGCUUCUGCCCGUCCUCCCAAAAGCAGAAGGACGAUGGCAGAAGGAAGCGGACGGGUUCCGCUUGCCCCGACGCCGUAUAACUAUGACCGGCGCCUGGGCGAGCUGGGGGGCGGCACCCAAGCCUCGCAGCGGCUCUUGGCUUACAGCGAUGCGCUUUUCUCCAUCAUCGCCACCGUCAUGAUUUUACCUGUGGCACAUACAAAGAUACAUUCAGAUGAGAAACUUGGAGAAAGUGUCCAGCAGCUACUAGCCGCCAAAAUUGCUGUUUACCUGAUGACCUUUUUAAUAGUAACAGUUGCUUGGGCAGCUCAUGUGAGACUUUUUCAGGUGGUUGAACUCAUUGAUGAUGUACUUGCCCUUGCAAAUUUGGCAUGCAUGAUGAGCAUUACUUUUUUGCCAUAUACCUUCUCCUUAAUGACGUCUUUUCCUGACCAACCAUUUGGACUUUUUAUGUUUAGUAGCUGUGCUGUUAUAAUUGGUGUCAUCCAGGUGAUGAUUGUAUUAUAUGGCUUCAGACAUUCGUAUCUACUGAAUCAUCAGAUACAGGAAUCCGAAAAUAAGGCAUUUUAUAAAUACCAUAUCUUAAAGAUUAUCCUGAGAGGACCAACGCUGAGCUUUUUGGCUGCCAUUUUCUCAUUUUUCUUCUUUCCAUUGUCCUACAUGUUUCUUGGGCUCAUUGUCUUUUUCCCACUCCUCAGCCAUCUAACCAAAUGGUUUAGAAGCAGAAUUCUUGGUCAAGAGGAGGAACUCCCUGUAGACUAUUUUACUUCUUAUCUUAAGGAACCCCUGAGUAAGGAACGAGUGGAAACCUUCAGUGAUGGAGUUUAUGCAAUUGUUGCAACUCUGUUAAUUCUGGACAUAUGUGAAGAUAACGUUCCUGAUGAUAAUCUGGUUAAAGUGAAAUACAGUGGUCAUCUUGCUGAAGCACUGAGAGAAUUCAGUCCAAGUUUCCUUGCCUACUUCGGAUCGUUUGUAACCAUUGGUCUUCUCUGGUUUGUCCAUCAUUCGCUCUUCCUCCAUGUAACAAAAGCCACACGACUCAUGACCCUCCUUAAUACCCUUUCUUUGGCUUUUAUUGGCGGACUGCCUCUUGCUUAUCAGCUGACCAGCGAGUUUGCCGAGAAGUCUUACAAUGAAAUAGAAGCCAUUCAGAUUAGCUGCGUUACCAUCUUUUUCGCAAGCAUCUUCCAGUUCAGCAUAUGGAUUGCCGCGCUCUUUCACGAAGUUGAGACAUUGCAUCCUUUUGCUCGGUACGGUGGCAAAGAGCACGCCUUCAUGUUUGCAAAGCUUUCUCUCUACCCCUGCGUGAGCUUGGCGGUCUUUUGUCUGACCUGCGUGAUGAGCGAGCUAAGCACGACUAUUUUUCAUCUGACACAAAUAAUCGUCCCGUUUGCUUUCCUGGUAUUACGCAUCUUCGUCAGAAUUGGUUUGAUGAUGCUAAAUUAUAUAAUGUCAUUGGCCAGGUCAAAGAGCAGUGUUUUAGAAGAAGAAGAAGCCUGUUUAUCCCCAGCCGACGUGCUCUCAUAGUUUCCCCUGCAAUUUACAUGGAAAAUCAAGAUACUUUGGCGAAUUGGAGAAUUCAGGACUCAGCUAAAAUUGAAUUGUUCCUUUCUUUAGGGAUGUUCAGCUCUUCCUUUUAUUCAUGGACUGGCAUCUGGGGCAGUGAGUUUGGCUAGAAUACGCAUCACCUCAAUAGCCUCAUUGAUCAUAGAUGAUUAGUGAGGAAUCAUAAGAUGCUUGGGAGAGAAUAAUAACACAAGCAGUUUCUUGGGAAGUGUCAUUUGUCCUAGCCAGUAAAGGUGAUAAUACGAAUGCCCUUAUCCAUUCUGUGGCCAUUAAGUGACCUGGGAGAUGUAUUAACCUGCUAAAUAAUUCCAUGUGUGUCUUGAGUUGAACCCUAAAAGCUGCUGUUUAAUGCUUGUAAUCUAGCAAAUCAGUGCAAAGUAACAUGAUUAAGCUGAACAAACGAAUCGUGAGUCAACAAAUUACUAUCAACAGUUAUACAAGGAACUAAUUCAUUCAGCACUGGCAACUUUUUAAAGAAACCUUGAUGUUCAGCAUGCUAAAUGUUCAGAGAAUAUUUAGAAAAAGUUGGCUGUCAAUAUAACCAAAGUUUGCUGGAACUAUCACUUGAUGGGGGGAUACCUAUGAUAUAGGCUUGUCCCAUUAUUGCCUCAAUAAUGCAACAAGCCUACAUCUUAAGUAUCCCUUAGUAUCCCAUAAGUAUUUGGGUUUAAUAGCCAUAACUUUAUUAAUGUUAACUUUCAGAAAAUAAAUUAAUAUUGUAAUGCUGUAUGAUUAUAUAGUCAUUUGGAAUUUAUCAGUAGAUGAAGAGUGAUUAAUGAAGCAAGGAAGAUCAUUCUGUUAUGACGGGAAGAUAGAACUUAAAAUAAUCCUUGGAAUAUGAUGACAAUUGGGGCCUGGAACUCUUUUGCUAAACAACGCAGUUGUAAAAUGUGACAUCACAUAACUAUGUCACUUAACAACGACAAUUCUGGCAGUCCCACUUACUGUUAUUAAAUGGGGACCAUGUGGGUCAUUAAGUGAGGACUUUGCAUGACUGUGACUUCUAACUUCCUGUCAGCUUCCUCAACUGAUCAAGAGACAAAACAAAUUUGCCGCCAACAGAUCUGGCAGUAUACAGUAGAAUCAACAAAUGGAAACUUAUCCAAGUAAAACAUUUACUUGUGGGAAGCUGGCAUGGAACAUCAGAAAUCGCAAAAAUGCCACGCUUGUAAUCAUGUAAUCAUAGAGCCAUGGUGGCGCAGUGGUUAGAAUGCAGUAUUGUAGGCUAAUUCUGCCAACUGCCAGCAGUUCGAUUCUCACUGGCUCAAGGCUGACUCAGCCUUCCAUCCUUCCGAGAUGGGUAAAAUGAGGACCCAGAUUGUUGGGGGCAGUAUGCUGACUCUGUAAACCGCUUAGAGAGGGGGUGUAAAGCACUGUGAAGAGGUAUAUAAGAUUCAGUGCUAUUGUGCUGUGUGAACACAGGGACACUGCAAGGAUUGGAACUCCAAGGACCUGUUGUAAGUUUUACUUGUUUAGUGCCAUUUCCUGUGGAUGUAAUAAAAGAAAUAAGUGUUUUUUCCAGUGAGACAGGUCUAUCAGGGCAACCUGGUCUACCCAAUUAUGAGAUGGAGCAUACUGCUGCUGCUUCAUAUAGUCUCCCUUUAUUUCUUUGUCGGUAAACAUAAAUUCAACACAUGUAAUGAAAGACUUCAUGUUACUCCACAUCUUCAAGGUUAAAUGAUGUGUUUACAAAUUGACCUUUUUUUCUAUACAUGCAAUAAUGUGUUUGUCCUUAUACUUUUUUGGUUUGUGUUCAUUUCCAGUUAUUUUUCCUUAAUUCUUUAUCAUAUUAAUUGUGCUUUCAUCAUUUAUUUUUAUUGUUUCAUUCCUUUGGUAUUGUUAUGAUUACAUUUUUAUCAUUUUUUUCUGUUUUAUUUUUGUAAGCCACUCAGAGCAACCUCACAGCAAAAUAAAUUUAACAAUCAAUCAAUAAGUUUUUAAAAAGUAACUAUUUGAUGCUAGACCCUUGAAACAGGUGAUCCUUUGGAAGCUUUAAGCUGGCUUUUGAGGAUAGUUAUAUCAUAAAUGUGAAAUAUUUUCCUAGAUCUGUUUUGUGAGAGGAUUUUUUUCUUCAGCAUUAUUCUCUGCUACACUUAACAAGGUUGCUUUCACUAUCAAGCUAUUGACAUGCCUACAAGUUUGAUUAUAAAUCUUUAAUAUUGCCAUUUAAUGUGAGAAUUUUUGCACUAUUUCUCAAUAGAAAUUCAUCAUUACACCUCUCAAAAAAUAUGAAUAGUAGGACUUCAAGAGCAAUACUGAGGCAAGCUGUAAAGUAUCUUGGGUUUUUUUUUCAGUACAUUUGUACUAUAUGAAUGAAAAAUAAAUUUAUGGUACUGAACUAAACUAUAUUUAUGAGAUAUGGUAUAUCUGAGAUUUGAGAUAGAUUGAAUAGCAACAUAAAAUACUAAGAUUUAACUAUAGUUGCUGAAAGCUCUUUGGUCCUUUAUUAUUCUAUCUAUGUGUUAAUUGAAUGGAAUCUU